AUGAGACUGUUGGAUCGUUGGUCAUAAAGUCUGAGCUGCUGUCCAUCGAAAUCGACGAAAAAGAUGCAUAUUUCACUGCUGCCGGUUCCAAUGGAAAAAGUAUGAACGUGGAAGAUAUUGUUAUUGAACCAGAGUUUUUUUCCCCGCAAGACAACCUACCAGAGCAGAAUGCCGAUAAAGUCCCAUUGAAAUCGAGGAUCAAACAAAACGAGCAGGAAGAGUGUUGUUCUAGCGAAUUGGAAACUUCUUUCAGAUCCGAAAUAGUGAUUUGCAAACGCAUGGCACCAAAACUGGAUCAUUUGUUUUCCAAGAACGACACGUCGGGAAAAUCGAUAAGUAAUAAUCCGGAUAGAACGCUUGAAAGACAACUCAUAAGGCAAGCCGGCGAAACACAGGAUGUGGAGAUCACAUGCGAAAGAAAAGCGAUAAAGAGAAGUCCGAGCUCGUGCAGUUCUGAAAGGCUCGAUUGCGAAACUUUGAACCAGCACGGAUCGACUGUUACAGAACCAGAAUUUGUAUGCCUGGAUGAUAGUGUUCCCCAAGAAAUACCGACGUUAUCGAAAAUAACUCUAAGAGAAAGCAAGAGUAACAAACGGCCUGCAGUUUGUUCAUCGACGGAUAAUCCACGGCUCGGCACGAAGAAAGCUAUAAGCGGUGUUUGUCACAUUUGUGGCCUGUUUCGAAAAAAUCUUUCCGUGCACAUGAGCAAGCAUACUGGGGAGCGAAAAUUCAAAUGUCCACACUGCCCGGCAGCGUUCACGGAUUCUGGUAAUUGCAAACAGCACAUCAACAUACACACGAGAGAGAAAAUAUACAAAUGUGACCUGUGUGACAAAGAGUACACAUCGCUGAAUGUGCUGCGAAAUCAUAAGGAUAGCCAUUCCGAAACGAAGAAACAUGUCUGCAAAACAUGCGGCAAUGCGUACCAGUACCGGCCGGCACUCAAGCGUCACAUGAAAACUCACACUGAAGAGCCAAAAAUCAAAUGCCCCGAGUGCGAGAUGCGGUUUUAUUACAAAGGCCGAAUGCUGCUGCAUUUACGGAAACAUUAUGAACCUGAGUUUGCUUGUGAGAUUUGUGGUAAGCGCUACACUACCAAAAGUGCCUUACACAAUCACACAAAAAUUAAGCAUAGCCAGAAAUAGAAACCUUGGCCGCAAAAUGAACACGUUAAUCCUCAAAGAUCCACGGCUGUAGCUGUAGAUCCUCUAGAUCCUGUAGCUGUACCCAAUUAUGUAAGACAAGUUAGAGCUCUCAAGGAAAAUUCAGAAACAAAACUUUGUAAACUGGAAGCUCAAACUACUCGUAUUCGAAUAAAUUUUAGGCAAUAAGAAGCAUUUUCACUACACAAACCGAUCACAUCUGAGUAGUAUAGCAUCAAUCCGUGCACCGGAUUAUUGAAUAAUUUAAACUCCGUGGAAGU